AUGGCAAAAUACAGAUGCUCUGAAGAUUCUUAUGAUGCAAUCUAUAUAUGCAGCUGUACGAAAAUGCAGUGCAUAAAGCAUUUUUAUUCUCACAUAAAGGAUUUUCCUGAUCACAGCAUUGAGCGUAUCAAAAUUCCAGUAAAUAAUGAAUCAAGAAAAAUUUUGAUCAAAUUUGUAAUUGCUAUGAAACAAAUGCCUACUUUAUACUUUAAAGAAUUCAAUAAAGAAUGUAUCAAAAAUCCUGAAUCCUAUAAAAAUUUCUUAUUCACCUAUAAUGAUUCUUUCGAUGCACUCUAUGCAUGUGUCUGCAAAAAUACCUCUGCUCAAAGCAUUAUUUUUCUCAUAAACAAGAAUUUCCUGAUCGCAGCAGAGAGCGCAUAA